AUGAAGCUCUCUCUUGUUGCCCUCACCUCGGUACUUGCCCUGGCUGCUGCCCAGGACUCGUCCUCGACCUCUACGGAGACUUCGACCGCGCCAGCCACCACCGCCAGCUUGACUGCGCAGGAGCGAUGCGCUAACAACUGCGAUGACGAUGACAUCUGCUGUAAGGCCGCAUGCUACAGCGUUCCCUGCCCUAGCGACCAGCAGGCCAACGACACCAACACCUGUGUUUCGCAGUGUGACCAGGGUGACGGCACUGAGGCGGACAUCCAAUCUUACGCCCAGUGCCAGGCUCGCUGCAUUACCACUACUUACUUCCCGGGCACUGCGACCCUCACCGACGACUCAACCAGCAGCGCGACUGGUUCCAACACCGCUACCACUACUAGCUCCGGUGAUGAUGCGUCCAGCACUGACGACUCCAACUCCAAUGACUCCAACUCGGAUAGCUCCAACGCCACUAGCACCAGCGGCGACUCUGCCACUGAGACGGGCUCUGGCGACGACCCUUCUGACACUAACGCGGCCGCUAGGCUCGGUGUCUCUGCUGCUGGCCUGGCUGGCCUCCUCGUCGCCGCUUGGGCUCUGUAA